UAUAAAAUUCUCAACUUGGUUCUCAUAAUAUAUACCACCCUCAAAUAAUCAAACUUAUCGUAUGUAUGACUUCUAUCUUAUUUCAACACGAAGUGCAGACAAAGCAGCGAGGUUUUUCAUAACAAAGGAGAAUGAAGGCUUUUUCAGUUAAGGUUGAGGAAGGAAGGGAAGGUAAAAAUGGCAACCUUUCUGUUGGUCCUGUGUACCGUAACCUCCUCUCAGAAAAUGAAUUUCCUCCAAUGGAUCCUGAUUUCAGUACCACUUGGGAUAUUUUCUGUGUGUCUGUCAAAAAUCAUCCUAAUAAUCGUAUGCUGGGAAAGCGUAAAAUUGUUGAUGAAAAGAUUGGACCCUAUGUUUGGAAGACAUAUAAGGAAGUUUAUGAUGAAGUUCUGCAUAUGAGUUCUGCUUUACGAGCAUCUGGUGCCGAACCAGGCACUAAAAUUGGAAUUUAUGGAUCUAAUUGCCCGGAAUGGAUUGUGGCAAUGGAGGCUUGUUCUGCUCAAAGCUUUGUUUGUGUGCCUCUCUAUGACACCCUUGGGCCUGGUGCUGUAAAUUUUAUCAUAGAUCAUGCAGAAGUAGAUUUUGUGUUCGUCCAAGAUAAGAAGGUUAAAGAGCUUUUAAAUCCUGAAUGUAAAUCUUCAAAGCGACUGAAAGCCAUGGUGUGCUUCACUUCAUUAACAGAGGAAGAGAAAGCUAAAGCCACCGCAAUUGGAAUUAAGCCAUAUUCGUGGCAUGACUUCUUGCACUUGGGAAAAGAAAACCCAAAAAGUACUUUUCCUCCUCAGGCUCAUGACAUUUGCACAAUAAUGUACACUAGUGGGACAAGUGGAGACCCUAAAGGUGUUGUUUUAACGAAUGAGAACGUAACGGCUUUAGUAAGAGGAAUGGAUCUUUUCAUGGAACAAUUUGAAGACAAGAUGACCGUGGAUGAUGUGUAUUUAUCAUUCCUACCCUUGGCUCAUAUCCUUGAUCGCACUAUUGAGGAGUACUUUUUCCGUAAGGGUGCAUCUGUUGGAUACUAUCAUGGGGAUCUGAACGCGUUGAGGGAUGAUUUAAUGGAGUUAAAGCCAACACUAUUUGCUGGUGUCCCACGGGUUUUCGAAAAAGUCUAUGAAGGGAUCAAGAAAGCAGUGGAAGAACUCAAUCCAGUGAGGAGAACAGUUUUUGGCAUGCUCUACAACUACAAACUUGGUUGGAUGAAAAAAGGAUACAAACAUAGACAAGCAUCACGUUUAGCCGAUUUAUUAGCCUUCAGAAAGGUCAAAGCUAGGCUUGGGGGUCGUGUUCGACUAAUAAUAUCUGGUGGGGCAGCCUUGAGCCCAGAGGUGGAAGAAUUCUUGCGUGUCACUACUUGUGCCUUUGUAUGCCAAGGCUAUGGUCUGACAGAAACAUGUGGACCAACUACUCUUGGCUUUCCCGACGAAAUGUGCAUGCUUGGUACCGUUGGUGCUGUAUCCAUAUAUAAUGAAAUAAUGCUAGAGGAGGUUCCAGAGAUGGGCUACAAUCCUCUUGAAACUCCUCCAUGUGGUGAGAUAUGUGUGAGAGGGAAAACUGUUUUCACUGGUUACUACAAAAAUCCAGAGUUAACAAAGGAAGCUAUUAAAGAUGGAUGGUUUCACACAGGGGACAUAGGAGAAAUGCUUCCUAAUGGUGUUAUUAAGAUUAUUGACAGGAAGAAGAAUCUUGUUAAACUUUCCCAAGGAGAGUAUAUAGCACUUGAGCAUCUGGAAAAUGUUUAUGGGGUCACUCCUAUAGUUGAAGAUAUCUGGGUUUAUGGGAAUAGCUUCAAAUCAAUGCUGGUUGCAGUAGUAGUUCCAAAUGAAGAGGUUGCCAAUAAGUGGGCAUAUUCAAAUGGUCACAUAGCUUCUUUCCCCAUACUCUGCUCUCUCGAUCAACUAAAGAAAUAUGUGCUAUCUGAGCUCAAGUUGACAGCUGAGAGAAAUAAGCUGAGGGGAUUUGAACAUAUCAAGGGGGUCAUAUUAGAACCGCAAGAAUUUGACAUGGAAAGAGAUUUGGUGACUGCAACACUAAAGAAGAAAAGAAACAAACUACUCAAGUAUUAUCAGGUGGAAAUAGAUGAACUAUACCAAAGUUUGAAAGGGAAAAAAGCAUAACUUCUGAGAUUUCUAAAUUCUAGACACGGAUAUGCCUAUUUAGUAGUACCCUGUAACCAGUUAUUUCCGUUCCACAACCCCCAUCGAUAUAUUGUCCUAGAAGCUCAAUGCUCUAGUAUUUUGCGUGAGGUAUUAUGCAGCAGCAACUAGCAAGUGCUGAACCAUAAUAUUACCUAAUUGUCAAAGUCUAUAUAUGUGUGUGUUUGUGUGUGUAUGACUACGAGAAUGAACAAUCCAUUUCGAGUGAAGAAAGUAUAAAUGUUGUCAACCCUCGUAUGCCCGUGGCACGCUACAAGCAUGUGUUGAAUAUAAAAUCAAUUUUUGCACACGGAACCUAACACCAUUGACGUAGUGCCAGCUAAAGGAGGGAGAGGGAAUCCUAUCAAAUCCACGAAUUAGAUAAGAGAAUAGGUGGGCAGAUAAUAAUUUCAGGCUUAUAUUUAUAUUUAUUCAAUCUCGUUGUUAGGCUGAAAUACUCUCACGGCUAAUAUGUCUGAUGUUGAGCAUGUAAAUAAUGGACAGUGAGAUAUAUUUUACGUUUAAAAAUAUAAGAAAAGCAUGAACAUUGGACACUCUACACUGACUACACAUCUACAGAAACAGGCACAAGAGCUGAAGGAAGUAAAUGAAUAUCCCAUCAGUUCUUUCCACCUAAUCUGUAUCAACCAAUACCUAUAUGUACUUGAAAAACUUCUUUCCCUCUGGCAUCUUUGCUUCCUAAGCCCCAGAUUCCCGUCUGAAGAAAGCGUAAUAUGACUUUGAGAUCCUCUUUGUUGCAACUCUUUUCAGUGUUAUUAUUACUUUGCUAGAA